AUGUCAUGUCCAUCCUCAUCAUCUGACUCCAUUUUUCGCAUCGAACUCCCAAACGGAAAAACUACCGUGAUCUCACAUGGUAACCAGGAUGCGAAACAGCUGCUAGAGAAAGUGUGCAUCAAACUUGCUGUACAGCCGGACUUCUUCGAGUUAAUUCGAGGCCCUGAUGGAGGAUGGAAACUGUCAAUGAGAGAAGAAUAUGAGGUGGAGAAGAGGCACGCAAAGCUUGGGCUCACUAUCUAUGCAUACAACGACAAUGGAGUCAUAAAAGCAGAGGUCCGCGGAGUCACUCCAUAUGCACCGGAAGGAGCUGACAUAGGAGAUGUAGUCAUUAGUGUUGACGGGAAGUUGAUCUCUCAGGUUGCUUCUGCGGCAGAUGUUGAGCGUUUACUGACCGAGGGUAGAUUAAUUCGCCUAAGAAAAGCAAGAAAACCAACAAAGUCUGGCACGGACUCGGUUAGGAUGCCUGUCCAAGAAAAGCCUCGUCCACCAAAACCUUGUACUCAGUCUGAAAUCGCGGUCACGGAUGAAGCUCGCAGAAAAGCAGAGGAGAAAUUAUUGCGAAGCAUAGAAGAACUGCUCCAGACCGAGAAAAAAUAUGUUGAUGACCUAAAGGAGAUGAUUGACAGAUAUCUAACCAUUCCAUCCGUACGUGAAAUCAUGGAGUCAGCUCUGCGAUUGCAGAAAAUGCAGAUGUCCUUCCUGGAUUCCCUUGAGGAAGCACUUGGAGAUAUUGGAAAUGGCGAUAAGAGUGCGCGACCGCUUGUUCGGGACGCCAUAAUCCGAGUUUGCGCUUUGUUUGUCAAUCGGUGUGGUGACUUCAAAGUUUACGCAGAAUAUGCGGCUGCUUAUCUACGUUUGCUGCAGGAGCUACCGUCACGGAAGGAUAUGUUGGCAAGCUUGGAGGCUGCCAACAAGUCGAAGGAGCAGCACUGCUCUUAUGAAUCGCGUAUGAUCAAACCAGUACAACGGGUAGUGCAGUACCCAUUAUUGCUCAGAGCUAUCCAAUCAUGCUGCGAACCGGACACUCUUCAAGCUAAGCAGGUUCAAGUGGCCCUCCAAAAAAUGCAAACACUUGCCGAGUACGUGAACGAAAUGCAAAGGGUCCAUGAACAGUAUGCACCCAACAUUGAUGCUCUACGUAGACAAAAUGAAGUCAUGUUUAGAGAGAAGGGUUUACGCAUAGAUAUCCGCGAUCUACUGCUAUUCGCUCACAUCCAAUGGCUAAACACUGAAAAAUACAUGCAAGACUAUGUGAUCUUCGUCUUUCAGACACUAAUUCUUCUUCUUCCAAGAACCGCGAGAAGAGAAUGCAAGAACAAAUGGAUGCGAGUGUUGCCUAUAGCGGAAAUUGUGGUAGAGGACGAUAGGAAGGACGAACCUGUGCUUUCGAUUAUUCAUGCUCCAUGCAAAGACACUGACAAACCCUCCAAUCAAGAGACAGUCUACCAUGUGGCAUGCUGCCAAUUAUCAUUGAAGCACCAACUUGCAAGGAGCAUCAGAAAGGCUCGGACUAAUCUCAUUCGAGAAACUCGACGCCCACUAAGUGGAUCAAGUCAAUCGGAUGGCGGUUACGGUAGCGAUCCGAUGAAGGACAGGAAGAGCUCGUGA